GGAAGUGGGUCAAGUUACUUGGGCCUCCCCUUCAGUCAGGCCUAGUUCCAGUUCCCUCGCAUCUUUUCGAAAGUUAACUCCAACGCCCGUGUCCGAGAUGCCUGACCCAGACCCUGAGGAGGAAGUUGCUGAAGACGCCCCCGCCCCCGAGACACCCAACUGGAAGAGCUUGGAGGAGGCAGCUCGGGAGCCUGGUAGUUAUGAAACCCGGGAGUAUGAACCUGCUAAAUGGGUCAGUACCUCGGUUGAGUCAAUGGACUGGGAUGAAGCUGUCCAAGCUGGCUUUACCAAACUUCAUAAUUACAUUCAAGGAAAGAACGAGAAAGAGGUAAAGAUAAAGAUGACUACCCCAGUGACAAGCUAUGUGGAACCAGGUUCAGGGCCAUUUUGCCAGUCUACAAUUACCAUUUCCUUAUAUAUCCCUGCUGAACAGCAAUCUGAUCCACCCAAGCCUUCAGAGUCAGAUGUCUUUAUUGAAGACAGAGCUGCAAUGACAGUGUUUGUGCGGUCUUUUGAUGGAUUUUCUAGUGCUCAAAAGAACCAGGAACAACUCUUGACAUUAGCAAGCAUUUUAAGGGAAGAUGGAAAAGUCUUUGAUGAAAAGGUUUACUAUACUGCAGGCUAUAACAGUCCUUCUCAGUUGCUUAACAGACACAAUGAGGUGUGGUUGAUCAAGAAAAAUGAACCUCCCAAAGAAAAUGAAUAAAAACAAAUUAUGCUAAGGGUGAAAGUUAAGUUCUGCUUAAUGUAGACUUUAAUACUACUGUUAAGCAAAUUGCUAAUCUAGUAGUCUCUUCUAUAUAAAAACACUAUCAACUGAGUUUUCUUAUGUACCUUUUCCAAGCCUGAAUGUCUCAGAAUAGCUUGGCAGUUCACAAUUCCUGCUAAAAACACUUAAUCCAUUUAAUGGUAAUAGUCACUUCUUUUUCACUUGAGGAUUAAAGGAAAUAUCUGCUGAUAACUUUUUUCUUUUCUAAUAUAAGUAUUUUUCUAUUAUUGCCUUCAUGAAUAAUACCAAACUCUCUUCCACCAGUGAAUUUCUUAAAGAUUUUACUAUCUGUGGAUAGUGCCAAGCUAUCAGCCCUGAAGAUCCCAAGUUCCCAAUUUUUAGUAGUUUAUUAAUAUCCUUAACUUCCCAUCACUGUAUACAACAGUUCUCUAUUCCAUUGUUAGCUCAUUUCUACCUACUUUCUGAAGGGCUGUGGGUUCAGAAAGGCCUAAAUUAGAGAUUUCUAGCCCUUCUUUUUUUAACUCAAAGUAUUCUAUUUCAAAGGAUAUCUAAAUUACUUUAAAAUUUCUCAAUUAACAAAAAAUUUAAGAAUAAAUCUUAAUUUACAAAAAAAGAAAGUCAUGAAUUACUUUUAGAAGGAAAUAGUAAAGAAUUCAAACAAAUGCAACACAUUUCCCCACCUUGCUAGAAAUUUUAUCUUUUUCUAUUGUGCUGUUACAAAUUUCAAUCAUUUCAUAUCAUCUGAAGAAAUGAUUGAUAUAUGAUUCCGUAAUGGACUUAAAACUGCAUUUUUGCUCAGUUUAACCAUUUAUUCUUAUAGGUUUUUGAUCAUACAAUUUCCUUUUAAUAAUAAAAUGAUAAUUUCAAGUAUGA